CGAAGUCCCUCCUCUCCGGCCCGAGCAGUGCGAGCUCGAGCGCUGGAGUCGCGUCGGUUGGAAAACGCUGCUGAACUUUUCACCACAGCCCGGUCUCUGCAUAAGCGCACACAAACUACUGAUGUGAAAAAAAAAACAAGACCAAACAAAAACAAACACCACGAAAAAGGAAAGGAGAUUUAAGCCUAUUAUCGAAAAGAGGAGUUGACGAUGCCGGACCAGAUCACAGUGUUGGAAUUCGUGACCGAGACGAAUGAGGACUACAAAUCUCCAACUGCCUCCAGCUUCACCACCAAAAUGAGUCAGUGCAAGAACACGGUGGCUGCCUUGGAGGAGGCCUUAGACGUGGAUCGUGGAGUGCUACAAAAAAUGAAGAAAUCUGUCAAAGCCAUUUAUACAUCCGGAUUAGGACAUGUAGAAAAUGAAGAACAAUACACACAAGCACUAGAGAAAUUUGGCGGUAACUGUGUCUGCCGUGAUGAUCCUGAUCUGGGUACAGCUUUUCUGAAGUUUGCUGUCUUCACUAAAGAGUUAACUGCACUUUUCAAAAAUCAGAUUCAGAAUAUGAACAAUAUCAUCACUUUUCCUCUGGACAGCCUACUGAAAGGAGAUCUAAAAGGAGUUAAAGGGGAUCUUAAGAAGCCUUUUGAUAAAGCAUGGAAGGACUAUGAAACAAAAGUUACAAAAAUUGAAAAGGAGAAAAAAGAGCAUGCCAAACAACAUGGUAUGAUCCGUACAGAAAUAAGUGGAGCAGAAAUCGCUGAAGAAAUGGAGAAAGAGCGGAGGUUCUUUCAGUUACAAAUGUGCGAGUAUUUGCUUAAAGUCAAUGAGAUCAAGAUUAAGAAAGGUGUUGAUUUACUCCAGAACCUGAUUAAAUAUUUCCAUGCACAAUGCAAUUUCUUUCAGGAUGGCUUGAAGGCUGUAGAAAGUUUAAAACCCUCCAUGGAAAAGCUGGCGACAGAUUUGCAUGCUAUUAAACAAGUGCAGGAUGAGGAAAGAAAACAGCUGGUUCAACUUAGAGAUGUUUUAAAAGCAGGGCUACAGGUAGAACAAAAAGAGGAUUCGCAGGUUCGUCCAAACACAACGUACAGCUUACAUCAGCCUCAGGGAAACAAAGAGCAUGGAACAGAAAAAUGUGGAUUUCUUUAUAAAAAAAGUGAUGGAAUCAGGAAAGUGUGGCAGAAAAGAAAAUGUACAGUAAAAAAUGGUUAUCUUACAAUAUCACAUGGAACGAUUAACAGACCACCAGCAAAGCUUAAUCUACUCACAUGUCAGGUGAAAGCAAAUCCGGAUGAGAGAAAAUGUUUUGAUCUCAUAUCACAUGACAGAACGUACCAUUUUCAAGUGGAUGAUGAACAGGAAUGCCAAGUUUGGAUGUCUGUUUUGCAGAAUAGCAAAGAAGAAGCUUUAAACAACGCUUUCAAGGGAGACCAUAACACAGGAGAAAAUAAUAUUGUCCAAGAGUUAACAAAAGCAAUUAUUGUAGAGGUACAGCGGAUGACUGGAAAUGAUGUUUGCUGUGAUUGUGGGGCACCAGACCCUACAUGGUUAUCUACUAAUCUGGGAAUUCUAACAUGCAUUGAAUGCUCUGGAAUUCAUAGAGAACUGGGGGUUCACUACUCCAGAAUACAGUCCCUUACAUUAGAUGUAUUAGGAACAUCAGAACUCUUGCUAGCCAAGAACAUUGGGAAUGCAGCAUUGAAUGAGAUCAUGGAAGCUAGUUUGUCAGACGAAACUGCCAAACCUAAUCCCAACAGUGACAUGGUUGCACGGAAGGACUACAUUACUGCUAAAUAUAUAGAACGGAAAUAUUCGAGAAAAAAGUGUAUUGACAAUGCAGCCAAACUUAGCUGUCUAUGUGAUGCAAUCAAGUCAAGAGACAUCUUCGCAUUAAUUCAGGUGUACGCUGAUGGUGUGGAUCUCACUGACCCAAUCCCUUUGGCAAAUGGACAUGAACAAGGAGAAACUGCACUGCAUCUUGCUGUAAGAUUGGUGGACAGAACAUCACUCCAUGUAGUUGACUUUUUAGUACAGAACAGUGGGAAUCUUGAUAAACAGACUACCAAAGGCAGUACUGCAUUGCAUUACUGCUGUCUAAAUGAUAACGUGGAGUGUCUUAAGUUGCUUUUGAGGGGAAAAGCUUCCAUUGAAAUAGCCAAUGAAGGAGGAGAAACUCCACUUGACAUAGCUAAACGCUUAAAGCACACACAGUGUGAGGAGGUGCUUAUCCAAUCAUUAUCAGGCAAGUUUAAUGCUCAUGUCCAUGUGGAAUAUGAAUGGCGAUUGCAUCAUGAAGAUCUGGAUGAAAGUGAUGAUGAUAUUGAAGACAAGCAAUCCAGCCCCAAUAGACCUAUCAGUUUCUAUCAAUUAUCGUAUCAGUCAGGAGCAAACCAGCUUCAGCCUCCAGCUCCUCUUGCAAUCUUGCCAAGAGAUUCAGCCAACUCCAUGAAAGAUAAACAGCGGCCAUUCAUUCCAAGUAUGCUGCACAAUGAAACAUAUGGAACUGUACUGAGCUCCAGUCCCCCUCCUUCUGUAACUGAUGCUCCUCCACUUCCACCUCGGAAUGCAAGUAAAGUCCAAUGUUCAGUUCCUGGUGUUCAAACGACUACUUCAUCCGGUGUCUGGAAACCUGCAUCACUCGGAAUGGAAACAGCAAGCAGGCAAAGGUCUGCUUCAGACCCUCCAAACCUUCAUCCACCAGUACCACCAGUCCGUGUAACAUCAGCAACAGCAAACCCUUCGCCUCCAACUCCAGUAGCAAAGACAAGCAGUGUUAUUGAAGCAAUGAUUCUGCAGGUAAAACAACCACAAGCCCAACAGCAGCAGCAAGGUUCUCCGCAGCAAACUGCUCAGAAUAAAAAGCCACUGCCACCACCACUGCCUCCACAGCCACCACUUCGCAUUUCACAGCAGAAAUCAACAACCAGUUCGGAUCGAACAUCUACAGUUAAAAGAACAUCUACGGUACCUGGAACUGUACAAUCACUGCAGUCAGGAGAUGCUUUUCUGGGGCCUGACGCUGCACCAAAAAAACCAGGACAUGCACCUAAUUCUGCAAAUCUCAACAAAACUCCUGCACCAAUGCCACGAAAGUCUCAAAUGUUGAAAUCAAAGCCAAGACGUGUGAAAGCAAUUUAUAAUUGUAGUGCAGAUAACCCUGAUGAGCUCACUUUCUCAGAGGGUGAGAUUAUUAUUGUUGAUGGUGAGGAAGAUCCAGAAUGGUGGAUUGGCCAUAUUGAAGGAGACCCGAAGCGAAGGGGUGUAUUCCCUGUGACAUUUGUGCACUUCAUUGCUGACUGAGCUUCCUUUAAGAAGUUGAGAAAAAGCAAUUUGGAGAAUGGUACCAUAUAUCAGAUGACAAGGAAAACAUCUGUGUUCAACUCGAUAGACAAAUCAAUAAUUAGCUGGAAGAUGUUAUAAGUAACUAGUUCUUAAAUAUGUAUUCUUGUUAAACUGUUUGCACUUUCAGUACAACUGGAGAUUCGUUAUAAAUUGUGGACUUUUCAUUUCUGUCAAUUUGCUAUGGUGCAUGUAGGUACUUGGGAAUAGAAUUCUAAUUGUUCAUGAAUAAUGACUAUCUUAUGUCACUGUCAAAAACAUGCUGAAAAUCAAAAUAUAUUGCAAAUAUGUAGCAUUAACAAUGGAGCAAAGCUGGAGAACACUAGUACUGAUCAAAACUAUGAUACAAAUUCCAUAAAUCAGGUAAUGAACUUAGUAAGCAUGCUUUUGGGUGAACUUCAUAACUUAAAGCCUUAAAAUACUACUAUGAAUCUAAGAAUUCCACUGUUUCCACGUUGACUUUUAUUUAAAUGUUGUAAUUUCCAUUAUAAAUUAAAUUUCCCCAAUUUCCUUCAUGAACACAGGACCCGUGUAUUGUAAAUAUUAAUUUUUUCAAAAGGCAGCUAAUGAACAGCAUAAGUAUCCCCAAUAGCUGUUCUUCAGAAGAGGGAAAGUUAGUGACAGAAAUUCAGAUCUGGUUACUAAGGGAUCCUCUUUUCAUUUUGUACAGUCAUGGUGCUUUGUUUCAUUAAACGGUUAAACAAAGUAGUGUUUAAAAAACUAAAUCAAUUUGCAAAAAUAUUCCAAAUUUGUUGCAGACUUUUUAAAGUUCUGCACAGAAUUGUUGAUUCUUUUUAUUACUAAGAACAGAACUUCAAACAACUGUUUAUUAAGAAAAAUAAAUUAAAAAUGGUACACAGCGCAAAUCAUUUGUAGUAAACUUUCAUCUCAAAUACUUUUUUGCAAUGAUCUUAUUGGCUUGUUAAUGGAAAACUAUUCUUUUAAAGUCUUAGAUCUGUUAUGUAAACAUUUUUUUAAAAAAAGGUGUCAGUCUGGCUUCCAAUGCAUAAGAAUGAAAAUUUGAAAAACCUUUUGAGUUAGCAGUAAAUUUAAAAUUUGUAGCCUCUCACUUUUAAUUAAAUUUGGCUGUAAUUAUUGUCUAAAAACAGAGUUUAACUCUUGUAUGCAAUGUGAAUUAAUACUGAAGAUGUUGACAUCAUUCAGGAUGAUUAUUGCUUUCAAUGAAUGAUUAAAAGGACCAUAAAAAUCUCGGCAGGAUAACUGGUGCCAUCUACUGUCAUCAUCUGUGAGUGGUACUUAGAGCUGAAAAAAAAUCCUGUUUGAGGCAUGAUGUAAAAUGGAUCACAAGCUAGGUGUUUGUUGCAGAGCAACUGUAUAUAUUUAUAUAUAUAUAUACAUAUAUAUAUAUAUUGUAAAUGUUAAAUCCUAUAAUACUUCUGCAUUUCAUUGAUUUGAUAGAGCAUGUGUAAUGUAUUGUACACCCCAGUUUAACAUUGGAGUUAAUCCAGAAAUGUAAUAAACAAUUAUUAAAGCAUAGCCUGCUUCAGCAAUACAGGUUUUUUGUACAGAUUUUGAAGAUGAGGCCUAAUGAAUUCACUGUUUGUGAAGGAAUAGUGAGCAUCUGAUGAAAUACUGUACAAAAUCUUAAGUUCUAAAAUACAUGUUUUUAAAUAUCCAUCCAUCUGCAUCGAGGCUGCUAUAAUUAUUAACAAUCAAUUUGUUAAUCAGUAGAUUUGGUAUAGAUCAAUUCCAUUCUAUUAAAGUCUAAAUUUGAGAGAUCCAAGUAUCCAUUUAAUUGCCCAUGAAAAUUCUUCUGCUGUUCUGAUUUAGAAGAUGGGACUAAAGUGUCAUAUUGUGCACUUCUGGGACUAAACUAUCUAAUUUUUUUUAAUGGUUUAAGGCUGAAGAUAAAACUUUUUUUAAUGUACUGCAAUUUGAAAUGGGAUUAGUUCAAAGAAUUGACUUGACCCAGAUGAGGAAAACAGGAAAAAGUACUAUGCACUUACGUAGAAUCCCAGCAGACGAUCCCUACCAGCAUGUCCUUGUCAAUUUUGUUCUACAAACAUAUUCAGUCUCUAAUAAUAAAGUACCAUCUACUUUUAAAUACUUCUGCAAAGCUUUAUAUCUGUAGGUUAAAAUAAAUCAGUAAAAUUUAAUUCAUGUGCUGAAUUUUCAACUGAGUCAAUAAAUAGUUUCCAGGCUGGGAA